AUGCUGAGGAGGACCCUGCUGUGCGCGCUGCUCGGGCUCCUGCGCGCCCAGCCCUUCCCCUGCCCACAAGCCUGCAAGUGUGUCUUCCGCGACGCCGCGCAGUGCUCGGGGGGCGACGUGGCUAACAUCGCCGCGCUGCGCCUGCCCACCAACCUCACGCAUAUCCUGCUCUUCCACAUGGGCCACGGCGCCUUGCAGAAUCACAGCUUCCGUGGUAUGACGGUCCUGCAGCGCCUCAUGCUCACAGACAGCCACAUUUCCGCGAUUGCCCCCGGCAUCUUCAAUGACUUGAUAAAACUAAAAACCCUCAGGUUGUCGCGCAACAAAAUCACUCAUCUUCCAGGCGAGCUGCUGGAUAAGACGGUGCUCCUAGAACAGUUGUUUUUGGACCACAAUGCACUUAGGGGCAUUGACCCAAACAUGUUUCAGAAACUGGUUAACCUGCAGGAGCUCGUUUUGAACCAGAAUCAACUCGUUUUCCUUCCUGCUACUCUCUUCACAAAUCUGGGGAACCUGAAAUUGUUGGAUUUGUCGGGAAACAACUUGACCCACCUGCCCGAGGGAUUGCUUGGGGCACAGGCUAAGCUUGAGAAACUUCUGCUGCACUCGAACCAGCUCGUUGCUCUGGAUUCGGGGCUGUUCAACAGCCUGGGCGCCCUGCUUGAGCUGCGGCUCGACACAAAUCACAUCCGAUCCAUCACACCGGGUGCCUUCGACCGCCUGCGGAACCUGAGCUCCUUGACUCUUUCGAGGAACCAACUCGAGUUUCUGCCCCCUGCACUCUUUCUCCAUUCUCACCAUUUGACUCUGUUGACCCUGUUCGAGAACCCGCUGAAAGAGCUCCCGGUCGUGCUCUUCGGGGAGAUGGCCGGCCUGCAGGAGCUGUGGCUGAACGGCACCCAGCUGCGCACCCUGCCCGCCGCCGCCUUCCGGGGCCUGGCCGGGCUCCGGGUGCUCGCCCUGCACUCCAACCGCCUCGCCUCGCUCCCCGACGGCUUGCUGUGCGGCCUCAGCAGCUUGCGCCAGGUGUCGCUGCGCCACAACAGGCUGCGAGCCCUGCCCGGCGCGCUCUUUUGCAACCUCAGCAGCCUGGAGGAGGUCCAGCUCGACCACAACCAGCUGGAGACCCUGCCUGGCGACGUGUUUAGGGCUCUGCCCCGGCUGAUGGAGGUCCUGCUGGGGCACAAUCCCUGGCUCUGCGACUGCGGCCUGUGGCCGUUCCUGGCGUGGCUGCGGCAGAACCCGGACCUCGUGGGCAGAGCCGAGCCCCCGCGGUGCCGCGGCCCGGGGCAGCGUGCAGGCCUGCAGCUCUGGGCCUUGCCGGAGGGUGGCUUGGGGUGCGCGGGCACCGGGGCAGACAACUCCUCGGAAGCUCCGGUUCACGCUGCUUUCCUGCUGAACAGCUCAGAACCCUGGGCGUGGGCCCAGCCGGUGGCCACGGGCGAACGUCAAGGCCAUAGCCUGUUCCGGGGUCUUUAUUUUCUGCUUUUAGCCAUUCAGGCCAUAAUAACUGGGGUCAUUGUGUUUGCCAUGAUUAAAAUCGGCCAGCUCUUUCGAAAAUUAAUCAGAGAGAGAGCUCUUUUUUGA